UUGGAGAAGUCGGCGGGUUGGAUCGGAGCUGCGGAUGAAAAGUGAGAGUUUUCUCAGAGUUCCAGUGCGUAAAGAGCCGGACGCCGCGUUGCGCACGAUGGGGCUCCCCCACGCUGGAGUUCAGCGACUCGUUCCUGGACAGUCCCGACUUCAGAGAGCGCCUCAAAUGCCACGAAUCGAGCUGGAGCGGACGAAUAAUUCAUCAAGGAGCUCAUCAAGGAUGGAAACAUGCUGAUCACUGCGCUCAGGAAUCUCUCUGCUGCCGUCCAGAAGUUCUCCCAGUCCCUGCAGGAGUUCCAGUUCGAGUGCAUCGGCGAUGCGGAGACGGAUGACGAGGUGAACAUCGCCCAGUCUUUCAAAGAGUUCUCCCAGCUGUUGAACACUGUCGAAGAGGAGAGACGACGCUUGAUUCAGAAUGCAGAUGAUGUUUUGAUUACUCCCCUGGAAAAAUUUCGGAAGGAGCAAAUCGGCGCCGCGAAGGAAGGGAAGAAGAAGUUCGAUAAGGAAACAGAGAAGUACUACUCCACUCUGGAGAGACACCUCAACUUGUCAUCCAAAAAGAAGGAGGCGUAUCUGCAGGAGGCUGACGCCCAGAUUGAUAAGGAGAGGCAGCUCUUCUACGACGCAUCGCUGGAGUACGUUUUCAAAAUACAAGAAGUACAAGAGAAGAAGAAGUUUGAGUUUGUGGAGCCGCUCCUGGCCUUCCUCCAGGGUUUGUUUACAUUCUACCAUGAAGGAUAUGAGCUGGCUCACGAAUUUGAGCCGUACAAACAGCAACUGCAGUUCAACCUACAGAACACACGAAACAACUUUGUGAGCACCAAGCAGGAAGUGGAGAAGCUGAUGAAGAGGAUAAGGUCCGCGGAUCAGGACUACAAGCCUCCAGGCCAGUGGACGAUGGAGGGCUUCCUGUAUGUCCAGGAGAAACGUCCUCUGGGAUGCACUUGGAUACGUCACUACUGCACGUACGAGAAAGGCAGCAAGACCUUCAGCAUGAGCAACACUGAAAAUAAGUCCAAUGGGAAACAGAACGGUCUGGUCCUCAGUCAGCCGGAGAUGUUCAAGCUCAAGUCCUGCAUUCGGAGGAAAACAGACUCCAUCGACAAGCGUUUCUGCUUUGAUAUUGAAGUCAUGGAGAGAAACGACAUCUAUCGUGGAACUCUUUUCAGACCACUUCAGUUUUUCUGUAAAGUCCGGCACGGCGUUAUGACACUGCAGGCACUGUCAGAGUCCAACAGAAGAUUGUGGCUGGAGGCCAUGGAUGGCAAGGAGCCGAUUUACAAUCUGCCAGCCAUAUUAAGCAAAAAAGAGGAGACGUUCCUUAAUGAGGCAGGGUUCAACUUCGUGAGAAAAUGCAUCGACCUGGUGGAAAUCAGAGGUAUAAACACAAUGGGCCUGUACAGAAUCGGAGGAGUGAACUCCAAAGUGCAGAAGCUGAUGACCACUGUCUUCUCAUCCAAAGCACCUGUGGAUAUGGACCUGGACCCGGAGACGUGGGACAACAAAACCAUCACCAGCGGCCUGAAGAAUUACCUCAGGUGUCUCUCCGAGCCCCUCAUGACUUUCAAGCUCCACAAAGAUUUUAUCAUGGCCGUCAAGUCCGAUGACCAGAACUACCGGGUGUGUGCCGUGCACGCUCUGGUUCAUAAGCUGCCCGACAGAAACAAGGAGAUGCUGGAGCUGCUCGUAAAGCACCUUGUCACGGUUUCUGCUCAGAACCAAUCCAACCUGAUGACGGUGUCCAACCUGGGCGUGAUCUUUGGGCCCACGCUGAUGCGCUCGCAGGAGGAGACCGUGGCCGCCAUGAUGAACAUCAAGUUUCAGAACAUUGUGGUGGAAAUACUGAUCGAGAACUUCAAUAAGAUCUUCCACCAGCCUCCGGACCCCAACGUGCCGCUGCCGCAGCCCCAGAGCCGGCCGGGCUCUCGCCGGAGCAGGGCCAUCUGUUUGUCCACGGGGCCCCGCAAGCCCCGCAGCCUCUACACCCCAACGCUGUGUCUGGCCGAUGCAGAAAGUCCCUGCCUAGGCGACACUUUGAGCAGCAGUCCGAGCAGCACCCCCAUGGGCAGCCUGGAGUCCCUGUCGUCCCACUCGUCGGAGCAGAACGCCUCCUCCAAAGCGGCUUCCUCCGGACCCCGGCCGGGUCAGGACAGGCCGCCCCCGGAGCUCCGCCGGACGCCGUCGCAGCUCUCCAACGGCCCCGGCAGCGCCGCGUGCGCCAGCAGCCCCGAGUCCAGCUCCAGGGAGGACACGGGCCGCACGGACGGCGAGUCCGAGGACGCCUUGAGCCUGUCGUCGGUCGGCACGACACCCAGGCUGUCUCCCGCUCCCAAGAAAGCCCCGCACUGCCGGAGCGACCUCCGGCCGGAGCCGCUGCACCACUCCCCCGCUCUGUCUCUCAAGUCGCUGCUCAUAUCCGAAGGCCGACGGAGCUGCUCCGGAUCUGUCCAAAGUUUAUCGACGCUGGAGUCCAAAGAGAGUUUAAAGGCUGCUGGGCACCCAGACCUCCCCCCAAAACAAGUGAUCCGCCGCAGGGUGGAGAGCGCCGUCAGCAACGGCUACCAGCGACCCGGAUCAGUGGUCGCUGCUCGAGCGCUGCUUUUCGAAAACGCCUCCUCCGCGCAGCCGAUGCCAGUCAUAAGAGACGCCAAGGCUAUGUAUUCCUGCGAGGCCGAGCACAGCCACGAGCUCAGCUUCCCCCAGGGGGCGCACUUCACAAAUGUCUAUCCCUCCAUUGAACCAGGCUGGCUCCAAGCAACGUACGAGGGAAGAACAGGUCUAAUCCCGGAGAAUUACGUUGUCUUCCUCUAACAGGUGGCAAAUGUUUUGAAUUUUUUUUUCUCAUGGUAUCCAUGGGGAGAAAAACAAAGAGCGCCAUACGGUUGAUUGAUCAGAUUUAUCCAGUCACUGACAUUUGUUCAGCAGAUGUCAAUCAAGGCAGCAACUCUUUUAACAUUUUAAAGUUAAAAUAUAUAUUUACCUCCUUGUCUGUUUGUUUUCUGAGGUUCAGGAUCAAUCUGUAUGGUAUAUUUAGUGUUAAAUGUAAAUAUAUAUAACCCACUGAUUGCACUGAUGUCUGAGUAUUAACCUACAAAGUCACAAAACAGUCAUACCCCGUUUCACAUUUUUUUAUUCUCAGAAAUAUGGUAAUAUGAUAUAGAAAUUAAAUAUAAUCUUUUUUUUCAUUUUGGAAAGGUAAAAACCUUUCCAUUGUAUCAGCAUACAACUUCCAGCAUUAUAUCAGCGUACAGCUUCCAUCCUGUCAAAUGGAAAAUCUACUGUUUGCUUAACAUUCACUUUAAUUCAACAAGCUGUGACUUUAGAAAAUAAGAAUCCAUCUAUGAUUCCAAAAAAAAA